UUUAUUACAUGGGAGAAUUCGAAAAUUUAAACGGACAAGUUUAGUUAGUCGGAAUGUGUUAAAAGUGACAAGAGUUCGGUGUAAAUCCUAAAGACAUUUGUCGUAAAAAAAAGAUAAUUUCGUUAUUAAAGAUCACGAAUUAGUCACUGGAUUCCGGCGGGAGAUACAAUUGCAUUGAGACACUUUUGAAUAUCUUUGUUCUUUGGUAAUCGUUUGGGAGGGACCAAGAAACAGAUUGUGGAUUUUUUCUUUGAGAAAUAUCGUGUUGGAUCAACACAAAUCUUUAGAACAUGGCGACACAAAAUAGGAACGCACUUUGCUAGUCGUAAACCUGUACGUCCGCUAAGAAUUUGAAAAAUAGAAGUGUGCGAUUAAACGUCACAACGGCUGAGCAAAAGUACUAUUUACUAUUGGAAUUACAUGACAAUAAACGAGAUACAAUAAAAAAACAAAUAAUUCAUAUGCAAAUAAUUUAAAAAAAAUUAAUUUGAAGUCGUAGAGGAGUUAUAUAUAUUAAAAUAUAAGAUACAUGGUUUUUCUGAAAUUAUUAUUUGUUUUAUAAUUAUUCAGAAUACUGUUUAUAUUCUAAUUAUUUUGAAUUAACUUAAUUAUAUUUCUCUAUUUCAUAUUCAUAGAUUAUAUUACAUUGUUAUUUGCAAAUGUUUAAAAAUAUAUUAUAUAUGCAAUGAAAAGAUAAUAGGAGAAAAUAUUUGAAUAUUAAGUAUUAAUAGUUGUACAUGAUUAUUUGUUAAUGAAUUUUAUUUUUUAAUUUAAAUUUAUUGCAAAUUAAUAUAUAAUAAUAUUCAUUUUAUUUAGUACAUUAUAAUACUUAUUUUGUUAAAGAAAGAAUAUAAAGAUUAUAUAUAUGUGUUCUAUUAAAGAAUAUUUCCUCUAGAUUUAAGUAUUUUGUAGCAUUUUAUACAUUUAUUUUGACUAUGUAUCAUACUAUGUAUCCACCACAAAUAAUGGUGCAGAUAAUGGGUGGCCAACAGGCAAAUGGACAGUGUCCACCAGUUCAAUCACACACAAUGCACAUUCAUGGUGCAAGUGCAUUCCAUCAGGCAGAAUAUGCAAAAUAUCGCUCAGAUGCUUGUUCUCAGAACAGACAUCAAAUGAUACAGACAGGAUCUUAUCCAUUGGAGCUAUUGCAAUUGAUGGGGGUUGAAAUACCGUCUCUACGACAUGUAGAGUAUAUGCAAUCAAAUAACAGCACACAAACAGGACACUGGCAAAGACGUAUAAAUAUUUCAAAUAAUACACCUAUUAUACCUUCUCCACAUCUUGCUUUUAGACCCAAUGAUAAUAAUUUGACAAGCAAAAAGUCAAAUUGGUAUAAUAAAUUAAGUAAAAGAACUUCUUUUCGAGAUUCUUACGUAAAUAACGAAAAAUAUAGCAGCGAUAGUGGCUUUAGUUCACGAUCUCCAACACCAAAUAAACAUCAUAUCGAUAGUAGUCAAACAGAAAGCUCGGAUGAACGAGAUUCUGUAAUUUCUUCAGUCGAACAAAGUAUGAAAUUAUUGUGUUCCAGAAAGUCACACAAAAUACAUCCAAAUAAUGUUACAAACAAUAGAAUAAUGCAAUAUGGUAUAAUUUCAAAUAGUUCUACACAUCAAUAUUAUCAGAAUCAACGAUCUAUUAAUUGUUAUCCUACUACUAUGUCAACAUCUAGAACUCAAAUGCAAACUUAUCAGAAUAAAAGAAGGUAUCAUUCAGGAAGGAAUAGUCCACCUCCUCAAAGAUUACCUAGAAAUAAAAGAUAUAUGGGAUUAUUAUCGCCUAAUUAUCAUAUGUUUCCCAGAUAUGGAAUUGCUCCAGAUCGAUUCCUAGCUAGAUCACAUUUAGUUGAGGUAACUCGUACACCAGAUGAUUUACUUAAUGGAUCAAUUUGGGAUAAACUUUCGAAAGAUAUUUGGUCGAAAUUUAUGUUAAAUCAACAGACUGAGACUGUUUAUAGGAACAAGAUGAUGCUUUGGAGAUAUCUUUAUGUUUACAUCAAGACAGCAUUUCCAAAAUAUGGGUUAUUCUUAGUUGGUUCUACAAUGAAUGGUUUUGGAUCAGAUAAUAGUGAUGUUGACAUGUGCCUCUUAGUAAGACAUACAGAAAUGGAUCAAAGGAAUGAAGCUAUUGGACAUUUAGAGCAAAUAUUGAAAUGCCUUAAAAGAUGUGAUUUUAUAGAACAAUUAGAACUUAUACAAGCAAAAGUACCAAUUCUAAAAUUCCAUGAUUCGAUACAAAAUUUAGAAGUUGAUUUAAAUUGUAACAAUGCUGUUGGAAUUCGAAAUACUCAUCUUCUUUAUUGUUAUUCUCGAAUUGAUUGGAGAGUAAGACCAUUGGUACUUGUGGUUAAACUUUGGGCUCAAUCUCAGGAUAUUAAUGACGCCAAGAACAUGACAAUAUCCAGUUAUUCCUUAGUUCUUAUGGUCAUUCAUUUUUUGCAGUAUGGUGUCAAUCCACCGGUUUUACCUUGUUUACAUUCCCUUUAUGAGGGCAAAUUCACACCACAUACAGACAUCCAUUGCAUAGAUAUCCAAGAAGAACUGGAUAUUCCAGUUUCCGUACUUCGGCCUAAGAAUCGUCAGUCGUUAGGAGAAUUGUUCAUCGAAUUUUUUCGGUAUUAUGUCAUGUUCGAUUUCAAUCAGUAUGCGAUAUCAGUCCGUUUGGCUAAUAAAAUACCAAUAGAAGAAUGUCGAAGAGCACGAUCUUAUAAAAAUGAUCCUCAUCAGUGGAAAUAUUUAUGUAUUGAAGAACCUUUUGAUCUAACUAACACUGCUAGAUCAGUUUACGAUCCAGAUGUUUUUGCAAGGAUUAAAUACGUAUUCGAUUGUACAUACCAGAAAUUGAAAGAACAUCAUGACCUAGCCAGGAUAUUCGUCAAGGUGGAUUCUACUUCACCCUAUACUAUGACGUAAUCACAUUCAUACAGGCUGGUACAGAAAUAUUCACAUUAUCUAGUAUAAUUUUAUAUUCGAAAAACGGUUUAUUUUUGCAAUUGGCCUCUUCCAAUGUAAUUCGAGGCAAUUCGACUGAUAUUACUUACGGUAUGAGAUAAAAUAGUACAAUGAGGUAAUUUUCUACGCUUAUCUUGAGCUAAUAUGCUCGUAUCUUGUGAUAAUAGCCUGCACUUUCGUGCAAUGGCUCAUUCGUUGCGUUUAGAAACUCGAGUUUUUCUCUCGUCUCGUUUUGUUUCAGUUUUAUUUCCUUUUUAUAAACAUAUAAAACAACUCGCUGCAAGAAUUUAUACUUAUAUGAAAAAAAAAGAAAUAAUUAUAACAUGAAAGUGCAAUAGCAUUUGUGACUUGAAAAUGGUGCUAAAUCAAAUCUAACAUUCGAUGAUAAUAAUUAUACAUGAAUGAAAUACUUUUAUAUAAAAAUAUUCCUAUCCUAUUUAGAAUUUUUUUUAAGUUCAUUUUGAUAUAUAACUUUAUAAAGUUUUUCAAAAUUUUCGAAUACGAAAAUACAGUGCCUUACACUUAUCGGCUAUUAUAAUUUAUUCGAUAAGUAGUUUCUCAUUAAUCUAAAAAUUAUCGUAAAAAAUUUCGUUUUUUUUUGACAAUUAGCUAAAAAAAUUAUAUAUUUAAAAUUAAAAAAAUGACAUGUCAUCGAAAAUUUUCUUUAAUAUUUAAAAUAUUCAAAUAUGAAAUAAGAAAAGUACUUAUUAUUAAUUUAAAAAAUGUAGCGAAUAAAUUUACACUUUAGAAAAUCCAAAAAAAAAAUAUAUCUCUUUGAGAUAAUGAAAAAAAAUUAAAAAGUAAAAAAGAUAAAAAAUUGUUGUUCGAAAAAAAACAAAAAUUAGAAAUUGAAAAAAGAUAUUAAUAAUAUUUACAUUAAACUAUCAACGAAAAGAUGUAAAAAUCAAUUCAUCCAGCAUACCACAUAAUUAUAUAUUAAAAAAUCUUGCAAGUAGACUGAACAAUUUAAUUAAUCAUUUUAUCAAAUUUUCAAUAGUUUUCUUUUUCUUAAAAUAGACACAUUCUAUCAUUAAAGUUCCUAUUUUCAUUAAAAGAAUUAAAAAUCCUUACUUCCGGUUCUAGUCUUCUUUUGAUUAGUCUUUCGUAUGAAAAAUGCGUGAAAUAAUAUAUAUGAGGUAUUUAAAAUAUCGUAUAGUAAAAACAUAAGGCUGUGUUAACAGUAUAAACAUGUAAACUACAAUUUUUGCGCCUGUGCAGACAAUUAAAGUACAUAUUAUUUAUAAAUCAAACGUAAAAUUAAUAAUUUCUUUAAGAAAAAACAAUUUUUUUCAUCAAAUAUUUUUUUUUGUAAGUAUAAAUAAUUUAAACAAAUUUCUAGGUAAAUGUUAACUAUGUACAUCGUAUUUUGACAGGCCUAAUAUAUUUUUAUAAAUAAUUAUUUACUUAUUUUUGUAACAAAUAUAAAGAAAUUAAAUAUUGUCUUCCUUCGCUAAACUAAAAAAUUCAUGAUCUUUCUGAUUUUGUCAAUUAUACGCACAUGUUAUACGCUAAUUAUAUGCUAAAUUUUAAGGCGAUAUCAUCAAAUUUUUGUAAUUUCGAUUUUGUUGUUAAAUAAAAACUAUUUAUAUACAUAA